UCAUUUGCUGUGUGAGGUGUCGCCAUUUUACUAGUGACAUAGGGUGAGAAGGAAAGAAUUUAAAAUGUCGAAAACUUCGAGCAAGAACUCGGGAAAAGUGGACAACAGAGAUCAUAAAAGAGAAUCUAGUGGCGGAAGGAAUGAUAAAUCUCAUAGUAAGUCUGAUUCCAGUUCAAAAAACUCCUUAAAGCAGGAUGAAAAAGACACAGAGUCUAUGCUGGCUUCAGAGGCCAACUCUAAAGACAAAGACGGCGAUUCUAAGGCCGCUGAAGAAAAAAAAUUUACUGGCAGAUGCAGGCUGUUUGUUGGAAAUUUAACCCCAGAUGUCACCGAAGAUGACUUUAAGAAGAUGUUUGAGCCCUACGGUGAGAUAUCAGAAGUUUAUGUGAACACAGGUCGUGGAUUCGGCUUCAUCCGCCUGGAUUAUCGACAGAAUGCUGAGGCUGCUAAAGCUGCUCUUGAUGGCCUUCAGAGAAAAGGUCGUAUUCUGCGUGUGCGCUUUGCCACUCAUGGUGCAGCACUGCGUGUGAAAAACCUGCAUCCAUACGUCUCCAAUGAGCUCCUUGAACGUGCCUUUUCUCAAUUUGGGGAGCUGGAGAGGGCCAUUGUAAUUGUUGAUGAUAGAGGAAAGCCUACUGGUGAAGGCUUGAUUGAAUUUGUGCGCAAACCAGGAGCUCAGCAGGCUCUUCGGCGAAUAAAUGAAGGGGUCUUUUUGCUUGGCAUAGAUCCAAAGCCCAUUGAAGUAGAGCCCUUAGAACAAAAAGAUGAAGAAGAUGGAAUGCCUGAAAAAUUCUUACCCAGAAAUGAACAGUAUAAAAAAGAGAGAGAAAAAGAGCCACGAUUUGCACCACCAGGAUCUUUUGAGUAUGAGUUUGGCAUGAGAUGGAAACAGUUGGAUGAAAUGGAGCAUAAACGAAUUGAACAAGUCAAGAAAGACACAGAAGAGGCACGCAUAAAAUUGGAAGAUGAAAUGCAGAAUGCUCUUUAUGAGUACCAGGCAGAGCAGAUUAGACAAGAUCUCCUGAGGCAGCAAGAAGAGUUGAGACGCCUGGAGGAACUUCGCAACAAAGAACGCAUGCGACGGCAGCAAGAGUUAGAAAUGAGGUGGGAUGAUAGUUUCGUGCAACAUUACAGACGACAAGAAGAGGAAAGACAAAGACAAGCAGAAGAGCGAAGACGACAAGAAAUGAUGAUCCGGCAGCAGGAAAUGUCUGGACGUCGUGGAGUCCCCCAAGGCCCUCUAGAACCUGGUAUGAGAGGUGGCCCAGGUGGUCCAUUGGAACAGGGCUUGAGGGGCCGUGAGGAAAUGAUGGGUGGAUUGAGAGGUGAAGGAGGUGGAUUUCCUCAGGGACCUGGUAUGCGUGGAUCAGGAUGCAAUGUUGCGGGGGGAGAACCUGUUGGCAUGCGUGGAGGACGAGGUGCCCCACCACUGCAGCCACCUCCAGCGCCCCCUGCUGGCAUGGGUCUUGAACGUGGAGGGCCUUUGGGUCAGGCCAGUAUGGGAAGAAUGCAGGCUGGUGGUGGCCCUGGUGUAAAUGCUGGUGGAAACUUUGCUGGUCAGGGUGCAAAUGUAAACCAGGCUGGCCACCCAGGAAUGGGAGGGGCAAGCCCAAGUAGUGGAGGGCCUGGAAUGGGAGGAAGUCCUAACAUCAACAACAUGGGAGGGCCUGGUGGACCUGGCCAGCAAAUGCGCCAGUCGCGUUUUGACCAGGUUCCGAGCCCGUUUGAUCCUAGCUUUUCCAGCCGUGGUAGCAUGGGGGGUGCUGCUGGUGGCCAGGGAGGGGUUCCUGGGGGUGUGGGUGGUCCAGGUGGCAGUCCAGGUAUGUUUGGCUCUCCAAGUCAAAUGAACCCAAUGGGUCGCCCUGAUCGUGGCAUGAUGGACCGGCGUCGUGAUGCACCCAUGCAGCAUGAUGAUCUGGCAGAGAUGAAAAGGAUGCGACGCUUCUAGAUGUUAUUCCACCUUCAGCAUUGGCAUCCUUACAGCUGGGAAAUUCUUGUGUUUACAACAAUGUGGAAUUGCUCAGUGUAAGAAUAGAGACCAACCUUGUCUCAAGGGAGGUUGAGUAAACCUCGGGCUUGUGCCGUCACUCAUUUACCAUGUACUGUUUGCAAAGGGCUCAAAUUAUCCAAAUAUUAAGAUUGAAAUGGAAGAAUGUGCAUUUUAUUGGAAAAACAAGCUUUAGAAUAACUAAAAUGGCAUGCCUUGUGGUAUGUCAAACAAUAUUUUAUUGUCUGUUUUGUAGUAGAGAACAAUACUUGUGAAUCAGGGGUGUAUCCAAAACUGCUGGAAGAUUGUAUGGGUUCAGCACCAGUUAAAAGUACAGUUUACACACCUACGUUCACAAUUGACUUCUUAAUGCUUUGAAGAAACUAAGGGAAAAUGUUUUACUUUAUAGAAAAAAAUUGCAUGGGCAGAUUGUAGUUUUUAAUGACUUCGCUUUUCUUUCAUGUUGGAGUUCUCGGGCUGGUGGGAGUGUGAAGACUUUUUGAAUGUAAAGCAAUCUCAUUUUUAUUUUAAUGUUAAGCAUUUCAUUUCACAUAAAUAUAUGGCCAUAACUGUGUAUUAGCUUGAGCCCUAGUCUUCAUUUAUUUGUACAGGUGUGCGUAACAUGGACUCUAUUUCUUUUUUUCAACGUGUCAUAAAUUGCCAACAUCCCUGGGUGUCAUUUCCAAAGCUGUUCUUUAACAGCCACAUCAUAGUUACAUGGUCUUUCUCACUCUGUCACUGUGUUGGUGAAAUAAAUGUAGUCCAGUACAACCA